CCAACGCCUGUGCAUAUUACCCUGUCUAACUGGUUUGUAUAAGUAGCUGUUAUGGCUUGUCCAAGCACAAUGGGGCAGUCGCAAGCUCAUACACCUGGAAUAUGUCGACCUCCCCAAUCAGAACUGUCGGUGUGAUUGGCGCCGGCGUCAUCGGCGCGAGCUGGACGGCCCUAUUCCUCGCCAAAGGGCUGAAGGUGAUCGCCACCGAUCCUGCCCCAGGCGCUGAAGCCAAGCUGCGUGCCUACUUGCACGAGUAUUGCUCUGCAGUCCCGAAUCCCACCGUCGACGCCACUGCAUGCCUACAGAACUUCACGUUCGUGGCAGACAUCGACCCGCACCUCGAGCGUCUAGACCUAAUCCAAGAGAACGGGCCCGAACGACUCGACCUCAAGCGGCGGCUGUUCGCGCACCUCGACGCAAAGACCCCGGCCCACGUUCUCAUCACCUCCUCCUCCUCCGGCCUUCCGGCUAGUCAGUACGUCACCGACUGCACGAACAACCCGUCCCGCAUCCUCAUCGGCCACCCCUUCAACCCGCCCCAUCUCGUGCCGCUGGUCGAGAUCGUGCCGCACCCUGGCACCGCGGAGGAAUACGUGACGGCCGCGUACCGCUUUUACGAGAGUCUCGAGAAGGACCCUGUGGUCGUCCGCCAGGAGACCCCGGGGUUCAUCGCCAAUCGUCUGCAGGCGGCGGUGUGCGCGGAGGCGUACAGUCUCGUCUUGAGGGGGGUGGUCUCGCCUGAGGAUCUGGUAGAUAAAACCAUGGCCUCCGGCCUCGGGCUCCGGUGGGCGCUCAACGGGCCGCUGAUGACCAAUACCCUCGGCGGGGGGGCGAGCUUUGCGCAUUUCAUCGAUCAUCUGGGUCCCGCGCUGAAGUCGUGGCUAGACGAUAUGGAGGCGCACAAGUUUGAUUGGAACUCGAAGGAUACCGUCGAGGGGUUGAAGAAUACAGUUAAUGCAUGGGUAUCGCAGGUCGAUUUGAAGGCGGUCGCAGGGCGGCGGGAUGUGCUGUUGGCUGAUUUGGUCAGGAAGAAGCUUGAUCGGGGGGAGGAGUCGUGA